AUGACCAAGACGUUAUCUGCUGUUAACAUGUGUUCUGUGUUCAUUUUAAGAAGCAGCUGGUCAGAGACUUUGACAGUUGAGAGCGAGACACCAAGAGAGAAGCACGAUGGCUGAAUUCAGAUGGAUUAUAAUGUCUUCAUUUGUGAUGCUGCUGUUCAGCUUUAGAGUCACUGAACAGAAGAACACUGAUACAGUCAGCUUGUUGUGUUCUGUGACUAAAGGUGCUUGGUGUAGACACAAAGUGAAGUGGCUGCAUGAGGGAAAUGAUGUCACAGACAGAGAGACAUCACAGGAUCGCUGUUCAGCCAGAGCGACAUUUACAACAUCUGACUUCAAUCAGUCAAAGAACGACUUGAAAUGUGAAGUGACAGAGAAUGAGAGUAGAGAGGUGUAUCUGUUCCCCUUCAGCCCUCCUCAGUCCUCAGGUGAGAAACCAGGUGACGAGGCCGCAACAACAACAACUAAACAAACAAUGAAAGCAUCAACUCCAACACCACCACCAACCACCCGUCAAUCAUCAUCGACAAGAAAUACAUCUGUGACAACGAGUGAAAGAGAAGAGACAAACAACAACGAUGGAAGAAAACAACAACAAGGCUGGUGGAGGAUCAUCAUCUAUGUGCUGCUGGGUUUAGCAGCUCUCAUCAUAACUGUUGUUGCAGUCAACAUGUGGACAAGAACUAAAGUCCUCCCAGAGUUCAUCGCUCAGCGGGAGCUACAGGUGUCCUCCCAGUGCCCCCGCAUCUGUCAUGCAGGUUAUACCUUCAGACUGGUAUCUCUCAGCCUUCAUGUGGAGCUUCAGAGCUCUGAAGAGGAGAAGAAGUGUCUGUUUAGCUCUGUUGUGGAGGAACUGUGA